UUACCGGAAUUACCUCGAACAAGCAAUGAUCGAGUGGGGAGGCUUGUGCCCCAGGGCUCAAUACCAGGCAGAGAUGCUCACCUGGGCUAGACUUUGUCAGUUUCAAGAGUCCGUCCUUGAGCAUGCUUGCUGACAAGAAUGUAGUUGAGGGCGAUUUCCCAGAAUUCGAAGAGUUGGUCAUGUACCGCAACUAGGAGACUAUUUACCCGGUCGAAUGGGAACUGUUGCUGACUCCCUCUGGCGGCAUGGUCCUCGGGCGAAAGAGAAAAGAGACCAGCGGAACCAGAUUCAUGGCGGAGAAGAUGGCAUCGGGAUACUCAGCCGCCGAUACAAAAGCUGGAGACCUUAGCAUGCCAACAACUCCAGACCUCAGCAGACCGGUGACUCAGGUGGAGACACAAGAGCAGACGGACGCAGCGCCGUCUGCAUCACACGACGCCCAGUCUCCUCAGGUCACCUCCAAUGAUGGGGACAACUCGCCAGACGAGAACAAUCCGAACCAGCAAGAGGAUACAGAGCCAUCGGGGGGAGAUGGGGAUGCCGCGGCAGGUGCCUCAAACAACGCACCAGUCACUCCUGAAAGUCACCUCCAACACAGCUCUCGAAACAAUCACCAUGGCAUACCAAAGCCAGCUUCAGACUAUGCUGGAGACGACUCAUCAGAAGAUGAGUCUCCUGGAGGAGUCAAGUUGUAGGAUACUCUAGACCACGGGCGUGGGUCUUGAGCAGCGACCAGGGGUACAUGUCUUUGAUGGUCAGCGUCUUUUGUAAGAAAUGUCGAGUAACAGAGCUCAAUGGAGCAUGGUUUACACUAAUGGAGUAUGGUUUACGUUCAAUGGAGUAUGCUUACGCUCAAUGGAGCUCGUAACCGCAAUGA